AUGCAGUCUAGCGAAGCCCCUGCAUCAAUGGAAGUUGAGAUAGCUCAACAAGACAAGAAGUCUCUUGGGGCUUUGCCUUCAAAGCCAAAGUUUGAGCCUUUGAAGGCUCAUGAGAUGUCUGGUGGUCAAGUUCAGUUUAGAAAAGUCUCAGUUCCAUCACAUCGGUAUUCGCCUCUUAAGAAAGCAUGGAUGGAAAUCUACACUCCAAUAUAUGAGCAAAUGAAGAUUGAUAUUCGUAUGAACCUCAAAGCCAGAAAGGUUGAAUUGAAAACUAGAUCAGACACGCCUGACGUGAGUAACCUACAAAAGUGUGCAGAUUUUGUGCAUGCUUUUAUGCUAGGUUUUGAUGUGAUAGAUGCCAUUGCUCUUUUGCGUCUCGAUGAGCUCUAUGUUGAAUCUUUUGAAAUCAAGGAUGUUAAAACUCUUCGAGGUGAGCAUUUGUCUCGUGCCAUCGGAAGACUGUCUGGUAAAGGUGGCAAAACAAAGUUUGCCAUUGAGAAUGCUACCAAGACAAGGAUUGUGAUUGCCGACACAAAGAUUCACAUACUAGGAUCUUUUCAAAACAUCAAAGUUGCAAGGGAUUCUCUUUGCAGCCUCAUUUUAGGGUCCCCUGCUGGAAAGGUAUACUCGAAGCUUAGACAAGUUACGGCUAGAUUGGCAGAGAGAUUUUAA